AUGGAGAUCCAGGCGAUUUCCCUUGCCGGCGCAGGCGACCGGCCAAAACCAAUCCCUAAGCGCUUCGUGAAGAACCAGAUACCGGACUCAAUCCUCAACGACGCAUCCCUGAACGCCGCCAUAUCUCUGCUCCCAUCCAACUACAACUUCGAGAUCCACAAGUGCGUCUGGCGACUCCGCUCCGUCAAGCCCCGCCGCCUCGCUCUCCAGCUCCCCGAGGGACUCCUCAUGUACUCCCUAAUCCUCGCCGACAUCUUCACCGCCUUCUCCGACGUCGACCAUUGCUUCGUCCUCGGCGACGUCACCUACGGCGCCUGCUGCGUCGACGACUUCUCCGCCGUGUCCCUCGGCGCCGAUUUGCUCAUCCACUACGGCCACAGCUGCUUGGUCCCAAUCGACAACACCAAAAUCCCUUGCCUCUACGUCUUCGUCGAGAUCAAAAUCGACGUGAACCGCUUGAUUGACACAAUCAAGCUCAACUUCACCGACAAAGGCAUCAUCCUCGCCGGGACGAUUCAAUUCGCUGGAGCAAUAAGGGAAACGAAGCCCGAGUUGGAAAGCCACGGGCUUCAGGUUCUGGUUCCUCAGGCUAAACCGCUCUCCUCCGGCGAAGUUUUGGGAUGCACGGCGCCGAAAGUUACUCCCACUGCUUUGGGGAGCUGUAAUUUGAAAGACGCCGUUGUGGUGUUUGUGGCCGACGGCAGGUUUCAUCUGGAAGCUUUCAUGAUCGCCAAUCCUGCAAUCAAGGCGUUCAGGUACGAUCCUUACUUGGGCAAGCUGUUUUUGGAAGAGUACGAUCAUGUGGGAAUGAAAGAGAAUAGGAAGAAAGCGAUCGAGAAGGCGAAAACUGCUAGGAGUUUCGGGCUUGUACUUGGGACAUUGGGGAGGCAAGGGAAUCCUAGGAUUUUGGAUAGGCUGGAGAAGAAGUUGAGAGACAGAGGAUUUACUUACAUGGUUGUCUUGAUGUCCGAGAUUAGUCCUACUAGAAUCGAACUGUUUGAGGAUUGUGUCGAUGCUUGGAUCCAGAUUGCAUGUCCUAGGCUAUCUAUUGACUGGGGAGAUGCAUUCCGUAAGCCGAUUUUGACACCUUUCGAGGCAGAAAUUGCACUUGGGGAUGUCAAGGGCUGGUGGGAGAAGAAGACUACUUUGGUAACGAAUUCAGGGUGCGGCCAUGGUUUGGGAUGUGGGAAGAGGGAUGAUGGAGCUUCUUGUUGUUCUGGUAAUGCAGUUAGUCAAGCCGAUGAUGAGUUCGGAGGAGAUUACCCGAUGGACUACUAUGCACAGGACGGUGGUGAAUGGAACUCGUCCUAUGCAAAGAAAGCAACUCGCCGCCCUGUUAGAAGGAACGUUGUUCCCCCUGUUGAUAGCAAUGCUGCUUCAUAG